GUACAAACAGAUCACUCUGGGUUUGGGGCAGUUAAGCGUCCACGAUAUAAAUCUCCCUUUCUCCGGUUAAAAAAACAUCGCUUACAUGGACCGGAAAAGUGUCUGAAGAAAUCCCGUCGCGUCAGCAAUAACCGGCCAGGUUCCACGCACCUGCUGGGCUCUUCACAUUCAGAGCGAUCGAAGGACCUCAACAGUCGUCCCUUCAACAGUCGAAGGACCUCAACAGUCGAAGGACCUCAACAGUCGAAGGACCUCAACAGUCGAAGGACCUCAACAGUCGAAGGACCUCAACAGUCGAAGGACCUCAGCAGUCGAAGGACCUCAACAGUCGUCCCAUCAACAGCCGAAGGACCUCAACAGUCGCCCCAUCAACAGUCGAAGGACCUCAACAGUCGCCCCAUCAACAGUCGCCCCUUCAACAGUCGAAGGACCUCAACAGUCGAAGGACCUCAACAGUCGAAGGACCUCAACAGUCGCCCCUUCAACAGUCGAAGGACCUCAACAGUCGUCCCUUCAACAGUCGAAGGACCUCAACAGUCGCCCCCUCAACAGUCGAAGGACCUCAACAGUCGAAGGACCUCAACAGUCGCCCCAUCAACAGUCGAAGGACCUCAACAGUCGUCCCAUCAACAGCCGAAGGACCUCAACAGUCGAAGGACCUCGACAGUCGCCCCAUCAACAGUCGAAGGACCUCAACAGUCGCCCCAUCAACAGUCGAAGGACCUCAACAGUCGCCCCUUCAACAGUCGAAGGACCUCAGCAGUCGAAGGACCUCAACAGUCGAAGGACCUCAACAGUCGAAGGCCCUCAACAGUCGAAGGACCUCAACAGUCGAAGGACUUCAACAGUCGAAGGACCUCAACAGUUGACCCCUCAACAGUCGAAGAACCCCAACAAUCACCCCUAAAAAUAGCCCACUACGAGUACUAUACCUCCGCACCCAAACAAAAGAAGGUCGUCGCAGAAGUUGUCACAGAAAAACUUGCAGAAGGUCUGAGCCAACAACUGCUCGCCAGAUGCUCAACCCUUCUUUACACUGCCCAAAGAAGACACAAGCAAGAAGUAUCAAGACGUAGUAACUACCAAGAGGUUGACGAGGUAGAUCAAGACGUAGUAACUACCCAAGAGGUUGACGAGGUAGAUCAAGAAGUAGUAACUACCCAAGAGGUUGACGAGGUAGAUCAAGACGUAGUAACUACCCAAGAGGUUGACGAGGUAGAUCAAGACGUAGCAACUACCCAAGAGGUUGAUAAACUUAUUCGGCGCAAUACUUUAUACACGUCGAUAACUCCUUUGGGAUCCGGCUGGCAAGUACAAGAGGCCAAGCGAGCACAAGAGGCCAAGCGAGCACAAGAGACCAAGCGAGCACAAGAGGCCAAGCAAGCACGCGGGACCAAGCGAACACAAGAGGCCAAGCGAGCACAAGAGGCCAAGCGAGCACAAGAGGCCAAGCAAGCACGCGAGACCAAGCGAGCACAAGAGGCCAAGCGAGCACAAGAGGCCAAGCGAGCACAAGAGGCCAAGCGAGCACAAGAGACCAAGCGAGCACAAGAGGCCAAGCAAGCACGCGGGACCAAGCGAACACAAGAGGCCAAGCGAGCACAAGAGGCCAAGCGAGCACAAGAGGCCAAGCGAGCACGAGAGACCAAGCGAGCACAAGAGACCAUCAGCAAGCACUCGAGGCCAACCGAGCACAAGAGGCCAAACAAGCACUCGAGGCCAAGCGAGCACAAGAGACCAAGUGAACACAAGGGACCAUCAGCAAGCACUCGAGGCCAAGCAAGCACUCGAGGCCAAGCGAGCACAAGAGGCCAAGCAUCACAAGACGGACACAAUAAGUAG